UGAAUCCAAGGAUGAGGAAGAAAAAUAAAAAGCCUCACACUUCCGUGCAGAGCUUUCGCUAAUGGCGGCUUAGCUCCCAGCAAACUCUCUAAACCUUAUUUUUUUCUUUUUUUUUUCUUUAGAUUUUCGUUUAACGGAAUUUUGAACGGUAAAAAGAAAGGAAAAAUUCAUAGAUUGAAUAAUGGAGCAAGGAGAAACGGUUUCGGAUUUUGCACCAAAGAAAUUGGCGAGGCAAUUAGAUUUCACAACGAUGUGUCGCGCGUCGGCAAAUGCGACGUUACCGGAUCACCCGAUGCACUUACAGUCGCAGUCGCAGCCUCAACCGCAAUGGCCAUCACAAACGCCGUUGCAGACGAAGCAUCAGCAGCAACCACAACCGCAGGAACUGCAAUUGCGGUUAUAUUUCCAGCCGCAAACGGUGCAGUCGCCACCGCAGCCACAGCUAAAACCUCAGUCACCACCAAUGCCACAAGUUCAAACGCGGCCGCCCCCUCCGCCGCCGCCGCAGCAGCAGCAAGUUGCUGUGGUGCAUCGGGUGCCUCACCCAGUCCAGAAGCUUUCACUGCCGACAUUUCAAUUGAGCAAACAAGAGUCUCCUAGGUCCGGACCACGUGGGCACGUUGAUGGUAAAGAUGGGACUCCAAAGAAACAAAAGCAGUGUAACUGCAAGAAUUCUCGGUGCUUGAAGUUGUACUGUGAGUGCUUUGCUGCUGGAAUUUAUUGUAAUGGUUGCAAUUGCAUAAAUUGCCAUAACAAUGUGGAGAAUGAAGCGGCAAGGCAAGAGGCAGUUGGAGCAACCUUAGAACGCAAUCCAAAUGCGUUUAGACCGAAGAUUGCUAGCAGUCCCCACAGACCUCAGGAUGCUAGGGAUGAUGCACGUGAUGUCCAAAUGGUCGGAAAGCACAAUAAAGGAUGUCACUGCAAGAAAUCUGGUUGUCUCAAGAAGUAUUGUGAGUGCUACCAAGCGAAUAUUCUAUGCUCUGAAAAUUGCAAGUGUAUGGACUGCAAGAACUUUGAAGGAAGUGAGGAAAGAAGAGCUCUCUUUCAUGGGGACCAUAACUCCAUGGCUUACAUGCAACAGGCUGCAAAUGCUGCCAUUAGUGGUGCCAUUGGAUCAUCUGGCUAUGGUACUCCUUUGGCAUCCAAGAAGAGAAAAAGUGAAGAAUUCUUAUUUGGUGUAGCAGUCAAUGAUCAAUUCAAUCAAAAGAUUGUUCAACAUCAACAGGAAAAUCAUCUAAAAAAUCCUGUGGCGUCAUCUUUUCCAUUUUCUGCCCCUGUUUCUCGUGCUGCUAAUACAGCAUCAUUGGGAUCUUUGAAAUUAACAUACAGAUCUCCAUUGGCGGACAUCCUCCAACCACAGGACGUGAAGGAGCUGUGCUCAGUUUUGGUCUUAGUUUCAUCAGAAGCUGAAAGGGCACUAGCUGCAGAGAAAAGUAGCAAAAUGGAUUCGCAAACAGAGAAAGGCUCUAUUGAAACUAUUGUUUCAUCUGGUCAGGCGGGUGAAAUGUGUCAGCAAGGUAAUGGUGUUCAUAGGGGUGCCACUAAUGACCGCACCAGUGAGAACCAGGCAGAUGCAGAUAGAAGUGGCAACACUGGAGCGGAUGGGGAUGAUGUGCAAAAUGGAAGGCCAUUGUCUCCUGGAACACGCGCAUUGAUGUGUGAUGAAGAAGAUGCAAUGUUUAUGGCAGCUGGGUCAUCUAAUGUAUUCGCAGACCAUUCUCAAAACAUGACUCAGAAAUCAUCAAACGGGCAUGAGUGCACAGAUGUCUAUGCAGAGCAGGAAAGGCUUGUUUUGACAAGGUUCCGUGAUUUUCUCAACCAGCUCAUUACGUGUGGGAGCAUAAAAGAAACAAUGUGUUCGCCGUUGGCCAUAAGUGAAAAAAGAAGUCAACAACAACCUGUGGAGAAUGGUGCUGUAAAAUCUGGAAAUCAAGGAGGUGGGCAAAAGGAGCCUUAUCGUAACGGAAUUGUAAAAUCUUCAAUCCCGGCACCCGUAGAAAUUGGUCAGACUGUCUCUGCAGCCUGUUCUGCUUUACAUACUGAUCUGCCUUCAAAGCAUAGAUUGCCCAUUGGAAAUGGAGACACAAAUGUAGAGAUUAAGGGCUGGAAUUAGCAAGGAAAAUAGUUGGAAGUAUCAGCAUUACUUCUUAAGCUCAUGCCCAUUUUCUCCCUACAUUUGGGUCCUAUAGUUAGAAAUGUUGGUUGAGGAAUUAACCAUAGCUAGACGCCUAGACCCUACAGUCCCUCUUACAACAUUAGGAACCACUAAAAUAAUUCUUUCUAGAUAUAUUUUUGGGCUGUUGCGCUAGAAUAUGCAGGGUAAUGAAGUUUCUGUUGGCCCUAAUUUGCUUUGUAUAUUUCGUAAUAAUGUCAGUUUUGUUAGACACGCCUAUGUGACCCUGAAUCGAUUAAUCCAGUCUUCACCUUUUGUUCUGA